GUGCCCGAGGUUGUCGAUUACGUAACCACGUCGAUCACAAGAGAUCCGGACUGUCGACGUCCUCGACCUAUGCAGCACAAGCACCCACAAGUUCGCAAAUACACAAGACAAUCCUCUAUCAUCGAUCAUCUAUCAAUACUAGCUCCUGCCACCUGAUACCCGUACCGCAACACCUGAGCCUCUGACCAUGGGUCAAGCCUUCAGCGGCGGUUCGAACCCUGCUGACGGUCAAGUUAAUCCUCCACCGGGAUAUGUGACGCCAGACUUCCCAUCACUCUAUCGGCCGGACAUCAUCGGGUACUUCAGUCGACCUAGCGAUGGUUAUUUCUUGUACUACGCUGAAGACAUCUUCCACUUUACCCUCUACUGGCACAUGAUCUUCCACGCCGCUAUAUUCGGACUAACCGGAGCAUGGUUCACCUUUGUCGCCCUCCUCUCCCCUACAUCUAGCGUCGGAGUCCGUUCUUUUGGCACUUUCAACGGCGGCCCUGACGGAGGUGACAGGAAUAAGAUCAGACGGGCGAGGACGGAUUUCAGGACGAACACCGAGGUGGCUGAGGAAGGCGCUUUAGGGAUCGGACUGGGAUCUGGGAUGACUAUGGGCAUCGAUGGAGAAGUCGAUCUUGACGAUCACAAUAGUAUCGGGAAGGGCAGGAAAGGGUCGGCUAGCGAUAACGACGCUGCCAAAGGUGGACUUCGGAAGAGAUCGAGGUCGAGGUCCAGAUCUAGGAGGGGGUCUGGCGGUCGACCUAUCCGAGGACCGGGGCAGCAUAGGGAUCCUCUCUGGACAUUGGAAGAUGAAGUAGAGGCAGCGGAAGAGGAGAGAAUGGAGGGAAGGUCUAGACGGGCGUCUAGAGCGGACGGGUUGAAGAUCAUGGAUUUCGCAGAGGGGGCGGACGAUAUCCCGCUCAGACCGACCAAGAGCGGAUUGAGCCGCAGCGGAAGUCAGGGCGGGCCAUCGGCCAGGGGAUCUUCCUCCUCGAUCUUGCACCACCCGAAACCUCGGCAUCACGAACAAUACCCACGUCAUCAAACGAAUUCGCUGUUGAGUUCGCAUUCGGACCAAUCUAGCGAGCUGGAGACACAUCCUUCAGAAGCGUUCGCGGAUCCGAAGAAAGGUCCGCUCCUGAGGUUACCGCCUCGGACACCUUCUCCGCCUUCGAUGAGCCCCGACCCGGAGCCCGACCAAGACUACUCCGCGACAGAUGAUGGUGAUGAUCCGGACUUGACCCUUAACAGGCCGAUCUCGCAUACGGACGUACCGAUUCCUAAUCAGUCGCAGUAUUCUCUACACCGGGAGGAAGAUCUAAGUCGGGAGGCUUCUACGGGGAAGUCACAACGAGCCCUUGGAGAGCAUGGACAUGAUGGACAGGAGCAUGAUCGGUUCGGGCCGAUCAAGUCCUUCUUUUCUUCGCACCGCGAACACGACCCAAACCACCCCCGUUCCAACCACAUCCAUUUACAUCGUUCCGACACCGAUACAACCACAGGUGCUAAAAUACCCCGACACCCCACUCCACGAAGACCUAAACCAAAGCACAGCCGCCGACCCGCUCCAAUCUGGCUGGCCGCUCUGCCUUUCCCAUUCUUUGCGGUCUGGGGUUUGACGAGCGCGGUGAUCAUGUCGACCAUCAUCGGGUUCGUUUUGAGUGCGGUUUAUAACACCGCCGGGUUUGAGAUGUCUACCUGGGUUCCUUUCUUGUGGGCCGUCAUUGAAGCGUCUUUGGUGAUCAUCUCAUCUUAUUCGACCUUGACGUCGGUAUUAUAAUUCACAUUCUCACAAGGCUGGUGGUAUGGUGGUCUUCAACGUUGUAGUACAAACUCAAGAGGCCAUUUCUUUUGUCAAGCCGGUUGUAUCGAUUUCGCCUAUAAUAAACUUGCGAUGGUGCUUCUGCUGCGGGAAAAGACGAGAGUUUCGCUCAUUGCUUGAA